AUGAGCUCUGUCAUCAGAACUCUGCAGGAAGCUAGCCAAGCACGUGACUAUCUUGCCCGAGGACAUUUAUUUCGUUCGCCGUAUCCGCGGAGGGCGUGCUUGACUGAAAUUUGUUCUAGUUUCAUCAAGCAACUUCAGAAUAUAGGGGACGCUCCAACGCUCUCAUGUCAUUCACACAUUCAGUCCAUUGAUCUCCCAGCCAUCCCCUACCUUCCUCUUUUUCUUCACUAUCUUCACUCUUUAGUCAAGACUUAG